AUGGCUUGUAAAAUCCUAUUCAGGUUAUCAAACCUCGGCGAGCCUGUGAAUAACGAGAAUGUCAAUAAUGGUGUAUUAAGUUUACCAGCGAAUGAUUAUCCCAAGUCUUACAAACCAGGCGACCCUAUUUUCGAUUUGCAGUUCCAAAUGAAUGCAGCAAGUAAAGUGGCCAGAAAGGGGGUUUUCCAUACCAAUGCACCACCGUCAUAUAAAGACGAAUUUGAUAGAUACAAGUACUUUGAUUAUUCCAUUGAAAGUUCAUUUCACCAAGACAUUUCAUUUAACAUCCCCUUGUAUAAGCCAGGUGCUUACAACUACUACAUCUCCUAUGAAGAUGAAAAUGGUGAGGAAAGAGAGACUGACAAGUUUUAUUACAACGUUCCUCCCCACCUUGCAAUUAAAGGAAACUUUGUUCCGUUCAACGCAAUUAAUGUGGAGUCGGUGAUUUCCAAGUGGAUUGGCCUGUACGAUCGCUGGCCAAAGUUUUUCGAAAAUGUGAAAGCAAAAGGAUACAACAUGGUUCAUUUCACUCCAUUGCAAGAAAGAGGGGAGUCGGACUCUCCAUACUCUAUUUACGAUCAGUUUAAAUGGGAUCCAAAUAUAUUUCCCAUUCAAGGGAAAGCUGUUGAACAGAUUCACAAAGUGUUGAAUGACAAUGGGUUGCUAAGCUUGACUGAUGUGGUUUGGAACCACACUGCAAACAAUUCCGAGUGGCUCAAAGAUGCUCCUGACUCUGGAUACAAUGAAUACACAGCACCGCAUUUGAUUUCCGCUAUAGAAUUGGAUGGGGCAUUGUUAGAGUUUAGUAAAAAUUUGGAAGAUUUCAAUUUGCCCACAAUCAUUGAAAAUGAUUCUGAUUUGAGCAAGGUGGUGGAAGGUUUGAAGAACCAUGUUUUGGACAGUUUAAAGCUUUGGGAGUACUAUGUUUUCAACCGAGAACAAACGUUGUCUGACUUGGAAGAAACAUUCAACAAACAAAAGUCGUCCAUUAACAGCAUCAAGAUACCUGACCACGUUGACAAGAAUAACAUUGAGCAGUUGUCAGGGUUUGUGUUAGAGACUGCAAAUACGCACCCUAAACCUAUCUUGGGCCACAGGUAUGAGAAUAAAUUAGAUUCGAAAAAGUUUUUAGCCGUUUUGUUUGCAUUGUUUGACGAAAAUGUGGACACUGAUACUAUAGUCAACAAAGCUGGAGAGGUUGUUGACCAAAUCAAUGCUCCUUUAUACAGAGAGUACGAUGAUGAUUUGAACACGAUUCAACAACAAAUAGCCGAUAGGAUUAGGUUCUUGAGAUUAGCUGAUAAUGGACCUAAAUGGGGUAAAAUAACGACAAAGCUUCCCUUAACGGAGCCUUACUUUACCAGACUCACCGACAAGGAUGGCAAGAAGCAAGCAUUGGCUAACAACGGAUGGAUAUGGGGCGGGAACCCCUUGGUGGAUUUUGCAUCUGACCAAUCCAAAGCCUACUUAAGGAGAGAGGUGAUUGUGUGGGGAGAUUGCGUCAAGUUGAGAUACGGAUCAAAGUAUGAGGACUCCCCACAAUUGUGGGACAGAAUGAUCAAGUACACCCGAGAAAUGGCUAAAGUGUUUACAGGUUUCAGAAUAGACAAUUGUCACAGUACUCCAUUGCACGUUGGGGAAAGAUUGUUGGAUGAAGCAAGAAAGGUUAACCCAAACUUGUAUGUCAUUGCCGAGUUAUUUUCCGGUUCCGAACAGAUGGAUAAAAUAUUUGUGGAACGUUUGGCAAUAAAUUCUUUAAUCAGGGAAGCCAUGCAGGCUUGGAGUGUUGGCGAAUUGUCUUCGUUGGUACACAAGCAUGGAGGAAGGCCUAUUGGUUCAUUAACCUGGCUACCAUUGAGUGAUUUUUCGUACCCAGCGGAAAGAGAACCAGACUUGCGCAAGACAAAGGAGGGUUACACCGAGUUGGAGAUUCCGCAAGUAUUGACCAGCACAGCACCCCAUGCUAUAUUUAUGGACUGUACGCAUGAUAAUGAAACGCCAGCCCAAAAGAGAACUGUUGAAGAUACCUUACCUAAUGCAGCUCUUGUGGCUUUUUGCUCGUCAGCCAUUGGUUCUGUCUAUGGCUAUGACGAAUGUUAUCCCCAUUUGCUUAAUGUCGUGAGUGACAAGAGGUUGUACGAUUUGGAUGAUACAAAUGGAAUUGUUGAGGUGAAGACAAAGUUGAAUGAUAUUCGUAAACAGCUAGCCGAGGAAAGUGAAGAUAUUGCCCGCGAUCAUGAGAUGUACAUUCAUCACGAGGGACAGUACAUUACCAUUCAACGCUACAACGCCAGAACAGGAAAAGGGUGGUUCCUAAUUGCUAGAAGCAAGUUCUAUCCAAACGAAACAGAACAAAUCUUGUCUCCUUCCAUCCUUGGAGGAACAAAGGUUAAACAUGAAUUUAGUUACACAUUGAAGCAAACGGGCGAGUAUCAAAAAGACGAUAAGAUUUUGAAAGGAAUACCAGUUGAAGUGGUUGAUAUUGAAGCCCCCCAUGUCGAUUUCAAUAACGGUGACAGUGUCAUACAAGUCAAUAACAGUUUUAUCCCUGGCUCUAUAUCAGUAUUCUCUACUGAAAUUCCUGGGGUUGAUAUCAAACUUGAUGAGUAUGUCAGAGAAGGUGCGCUUGAAGCGUCUGUUGGUUUGGACUUGUACGAUUUGAAUGCUUUGCUUUACAGGAGUGCUCCAGAAGAAUUGGAUGCAAGUGGAGGCAAAGAAGGCGUUUAUAAUAUUCCCCUGUAUGGAGAUUUGGUUUACGCUGGUCUCGAAGGUUGGCAAACUGCGUUAAAGCAUGUCAUUUGGUCAAAUAAUCUAGGUCACCAGAUUUGCAACCAUUUGCGUGAUGGAGCGUGGGCGUUGGACUAUGUCGUGCAGAGGUUGGACAAGUAUGUUGCCAAGUCGGAAAAUUUGGGUCAGUUCCAAGCGUGGUUGAAAGAUCGUUUUAACGCUGUUAGGAAGGCGCCAUACUACUUGAGACCACACUACUUUUGUUUAAUUGUGGGAAUUGCGUAUGAGGCUGCUCGAUUUAGAGCCUUGAGGCAGUUUAGCAAACAAAUUCAGCAAGCCACGAAUUUUGUUCAAAGUUUGGCUUUGACAAGUGUGCAAAUGACCGGGUUUAUGAACAAUACGUCGCUUGUACCAGACAAAUCAGUUGCAUGCUUGGCUGCAGGGUUGCCUCAUUUCAGCAACGACUAUAUGCGGUGCUGGGGAAGAGAUGUGUUUAUCUCGUUUAGAGGUCUUUUGAUUGUGCCUGAAAGGUAUGAUGAUGCAAAGGAGCAUAUUCUUGGAUUUGCCAAAACUUUAAAGCACGGAUUGAUUCCAAACCUCUUGGAUGCGGGACGAAACCCUCGAUACAAUGCUAGGGAUGCUGCUUGGUUCUUUUUGCAAGCUAUUCAAGAAUAUGUGCGUCACGUACCAGAAGGAAUAAAAAUAUUGGACGAGCAAGUCGCUAGACGUUUUCCCUUGGACGAUAAGUAUAUUACUGUUGACGAUCCUCUUGCAUUCAGCUACAAGACAUCUAUUAGGGAUGUAAUUUUUGAAAUAUUACAGCGUCAUGCCAAGGGAAUCAAGUAUAGAGAAGCAAAUGCAGGACCAAAUCUUGAUUCGCAAAUGAAGGAUGAGGGUUUCAACGUGCAGGUGGGAAUUGAUUGGGAGUCUGGUUUUGUACAUGGAGGUUCACAAUUAAACUGUGGUACUUGGAUGGACAAAAUGGGUGAAAGUGAGCGAGCCCAUAACAAGGGAGUACCAGGUACACCAAGAGAUGGAGCUGCUGUCGAGUUACAAGGUUUACUCAAAAGCGCAUUAAGAUGGGUGGUUGAGUUGAACAAAAAGGGACAGUUUGAUUACACUGGAGUUGAAAAGGAGAAUGGAGACAAGAUUACCUUCAAGGAUUGGGAAAAGUUAUUGCAGGAUAACUUUGAAAAGCGAUUCUACGUGCCAGAGAAGGCAAGUGAUGAUAAAGAUUAUGAUGUUGAUUCUUCUUUGGUUAAUAGACGCGGUAUUUACAAAGACUUGUACCGAACAGGAAAGCCGUAUGAGGACUACCAGUUGCGUCCCAACUUCCCAAUUGCAAUGUGUGUGGCGCCAGAACUAUUCACGCCGGAGCUAGCUUUGACUGCCAUCAAUAAUGCCGAUAGAAUCAUUAGGGGACCAGUUGGUAUGAGAACGUUGGAUCCACUGGACUACAAUUAUCGUCCAUAUUAUAACAACUCAGUUGACAAUGACGACUUUGCCACAUCUAAAGGCCGCAACUACCACCAGGGCCCUGAAUGGGUAUGGAACUAUGGAUACUUUUUGAGAGCAUUUUUGUAUUUCCACUUUGCUACCAACAACGAAGGAAGCAAGGCUCGUACUCCAUCGAUAGAGUUGUUUACCUUGCUCAAUGAUAGAAUUCAGUAUCAUAUACAGUGGAUCAAGGAGAGCCCAUGGGCCGGAUUGACCGAAUUGACUAAUAAGGAUGGUGAUUUGUGUAAUGAUUCAAGUCCAACUCAGGCAUGGAGUAGCUCGUGUUUGUUGGACUUGUACUAUGAUAUUUGGAGAGUAGAAAAGUAUCAGUAG